CACGUCUCCGUUAGGGAGUUCCACGAAUUGAUGAAAACGAAAGAAGAUUCUGAGAAUCCAUUGGAAACACUUGAAGCAUUAUUGGAGAAAAGUUGCAAAGAAGAUGAAACUUUGGAAGCACUUCUUAAUGGCGUCACAUCACUGAGGAAAGUGGAAGAUAUCAAGAGUGAUUUAGAAGAUGCAAACGAGGAUGAAGAGCCCAUUCUUCCGGCCGCGCAGCCAUUGCAGACGUUGUUCAACAAGCGCGCAGCAUUCAGUUCCGGGGGGGAUAUCAGUUGCCGAGUGAGUCCUACCCUAUGGUACUCCACGCCCCCCCCGGACGAUGUUGAUGUUGAAUCGGAAUUGGUCAGUUGUGAUUUUGAAGAAGUGAAGACGAAAUAUUUCCCAGACUUUGACAUCAAGGCAGAACUAGAGAAAGGAUUACUAUCCUCCGUGCCAGAUUCACCCAAGAGGAAACACGGUCUUAAAAAAUUGGGUAAACGUAAAUUUGCGUCCAUGAUUUUGGAGAAGGGCGACCCGCAUAAAAAGGCAAAACAAGAAGCUUUAGAUCGUGGUCGAGGUCGUGGCGGGAUGUUCCGAGGUGGUCGCGGUGGCCAACGAUACGACAACUUCCGAGCUCGCAUACAGAACACCAGCCGUCCUCCGUCGAUGCACGUGGACGAUUACGUUGCAAUGGAGAGCGGUCGAGGCAGAGGAAGAGGCAGGGGAGGGCAGUCGACUUUAAAUGAUCGCUCAACAUCCAGACUUCCAGUGCGCAAGAUUCAAACCCUAAGUCGGAGUUCACCAGAUCAUCACAGAAUUGACGGAGGAUUUCUGCCGAGUGGUGGACGCUGGGAAAUUGCGAGCACCUCCCGUAGAGAAGUAUCUUUGACCGCGCAUCCUUUGCAUACUUUGCGCAAUCAGCAUGCUUGGGAACCACGCCAGGCUAUAGAAACGGCGGGAUUCCUGGAGCGAGGCUUUCAGAGAGCCAACUGGGGAACGCCAGCCACUGUUCACUACAGAGGAUUUCGUGAGACAGCCUAUCGCGAUCAGCAGCUGCGCGGAGGAUUCUGGGCAGGACCGCAGCAAGACACGGAACGCAAAGAUGCCAGAUUUCUUCCACCGCCCCCAGCGAGCUUUGACAGUUACAGGACCGGAGGAACACGUGGCAGACACUUGAGAUCGUUCACAAGAUAAGAUUGUUUUUAUUAUAUCCACAAAAAAUAGGUCAUAGCUUCAUGUAAGUAGAGAAGUAAUAGUGUACAACAACUUGUAUCUUAUAAAAGUGGUGUUACGCAGUUACCCAACUCAAUUUAACAACUUCAAUUAAAAAGGUUUACAUUCAAAUGA